AUGUAUGUUUACGAUCGGGAACAUGUGUUUCCUACACUAGCAAAUCUCAAGCAUUUGGAAUUAAUACUUUUUGCUGAGUACCGUCUGGCUCUUCAUCAUUUAACUUCUUUUCUGAAAGCAUCUCCUUUCUUGCAAAGACUCGCAUUGAAGUUGGAUUUCUCCCUACACAUAGACGGUAGAAAAAUAAAGAAAGCUGUUAAAUGCCCCCAUCAUUACCUCAAGCUAUAUCCUAUUGAAACGUAUCCUAGUGAAAUGGAUAGGGGAAGUAAAGAAGGCGUUGAGGAAGCGAAGGCAAGAGAGCAUGCCAUGCAACUCGUUUGA